ACAAACACCAUGACAUGAGUCAGAACACCAAUGUUUGUCACAUUUCAACCUACACUGAUCAGUGGAGGAUAAUGGCAGCCUUAACAGAAGACCUAAAUGGUUUGAAAGGAUUUAUUUAGCUUCACUUCACAAAACAACAAACAAUCCAAAACCUUUCAAAUGCCAAUCUCAACACAAUGCCUGUCAGUUUAAUGCGCACCUGACCGUAAUUAUGCAAAUUUCAGAUAAUUAGCCAAGAAACCUGGCAGCCCUAAUGAGAUGUUGCAAAAGAGUACAGGCUAAUUUUGGUUAAUGAAUCUCACAUUGUGCGAUCCUGUUUACAUAACACAGAAACUACAUGUCUUUUUUUAAGGGAUUCCCACACAGCCACCCACUGACUAAAUCUCUUUACAAAUACCUUACAAAUUACACCCAGUAUGCCCGUUCGUACAGCCGAGCCUGAAAAACAUUUUUAUUUAAUCUAUUAUUUUCUACCUGCCAGAAACAUGCCUUGGUGCUGCUAUUUUGGCCCAGGUCACCUGUUGACCUGACAGGCAAGUGUCAGGGGAGAGCACAUAUGUCAACUGCAGGUGGAAACUCUCAGCAGGGAACGAUGCUGUGGCACUGGUUGGCACAGUGGGAGCCCAGGAUAACACACCACUGAGGGACUGCAGCUAAGCAGUUAACUUCGGCAUCAGUCUGGAGGUUUCCAACCCUCUGAAGAUGUACGGCCUGUAUUUGGAAGCAGUGAAUGAUUACAUUAAUGAAUCCUAUGGAGAGGAUGUGUGGAGACUGAUUGAGAACCGAGCAGAAAUACCCCACCUCAAGUUUGUCAGACAUCAGAUGUACAAUGACAACCUGAUCCUGAGGUUGGCAAAGGCAGCAGGCGAGGUUCUCGGAAAGACACAUGAUGAGCUGAUGUACGCUUUCGGAGUCUAUAUGGUCAAGAGGAUUGGAAACUACGGAUAUGAGCGGAUCCUAAAGGUGCUGGGGCGAAAUGUGCGCGACUUCAUUAAUGAGCUGGACAACCUGCAUGAGUACUUUCGCUUCUCCUUUCCCAAGGUGCAGCCGCCAAGCUUCUGCGUGGAGGAGGAGUGCGAGACGAGCCUCACACUGCACUAUCGCAGCACCCGCAAGGGCUUCACUCAGUUUGUCAAAGGACAGCUCUCUCAAGUGGGACGGCAAUUCUACAACACAGAUAUUGAAGUGGAAAUCCUGUCUAAAGAGGAAACCGAGAAGAUGACAUACGUGGUUUAUAAGAUGAACUUCGACAAUGCUGCCUUCAAACACCGCAUGCCCCAGCAGAAGACAGCACCGAGCUACGAGAAGCUGCCGAUGAAGCGAGGUAUCUUUUUUGACAUGUUCCCCUUCAGUGUCAUCUUCCGCCGGGACAUGACUAUGUACCGCAUCGGUGACGGCCUCAAAGAGGUCUUCUCCGACUUACAGGGCAAGAAGGUCAACGAGGAGUUCACGCUGGUCAGACCCAUGCUGGAGUUCAGCUGGGAUAAUAUCUACACCCAUUUGAACAAUGUGUUUGAGCUGUUGUCCAAAGCAGUGGUGGAGAGCAAGCAGAAGGUCAACAUCCCAAAACUGAACAAGGAGGAACCAGAGGAGAAGGAAGAGAAUGAGAAAGCAAAGAGGGAAGAAGAAAGAGAGCCGAAGGCAGUGGAGGAGAUGAAGGGCACAGACCAAGAGUACAGCAGCGCUCUCACUCAAUACAACAGCUCUGCCAACUCUGGAGGGGAAGAUAUUGAACUGCUGGCUUUCCAAACUGUCACUGGAAAGUGUAGUGAGACCAUCUUUGAGGAUAUGCGUGAGCCUCCAAAGAAACCUCUCCAUCUGAAGGGCCAGAUGAAGUAUGUCCCCCAGUGGGACUCCCUCAUCUUCCUGGGGACACCCAUUAUAGAGACAGUGGAGGACAUGAUAAAGAUGGGUGUGUAUGUCAAUGAUCUGAACCUGCAUGACUCCAGCAGAGAGCUGAUUUUAGCCGGGACACAACAAUCGGCUGAGCUGCAGCUGGCCCUCGAUCAGGAGCAACAGAAAUAUGCUCAGCUGCAGGAAAUCAUCAAGAAACUGGAUGAAGAGAAGAAAAGAGGAGAUUCUUUGCUGUAUGCCAUGAUCCCUAAAGCUGUGGCCGACCGCCUCAGGAAGGGGAUCACUGCACUGGAGACAUGCCAGGUCUUCCCAGAUGUGACCAUCCUAUUCAGCGACGUGGUCAAGUUUAACGAGAUCUGCAUCCACAUCACACCCAUGCAGGUGGUGGACAUGCUUAAUGAGAUCUACAUUGUCUUUGACACACUCAGCGAGAAGCACAACGUCUACAAGGUGGAGACAAUUCGUGAUGCCUACAUGGUGGUGGCGGGCGUGCCCAACAAGACCACCUUUCACGCACACCAUAUCUGCGACAUGGCCCUGGACAUGCUGAGCUCCAUAGACCACCUUAAAGACCCCUCUACGGGAGAUAACAUCCAGAUCAGAGUUGGUAUCCACUCAGGUAUGGUGGUGGCUGGUGUGGUGGGUCUGAAGAUGCCUCGCUACUGUCUAUUUGGUGACACUGUGAACACAGCCUCAAGGAUGGAGAGCAAUGGAGUGGGCAUGCAGAUACAUAUCAGUCAGACCACCAAAGACCACCUGGAACAUGAGCCCUAUAUCAUUGAGGAGAGGGGUAAAAUCUUUGUAAAGGGCAAAGGCUACAUGAAGACCUACUGGCUGAAAGGAAAGAAAGAUCUAUCGUUCAAGACCCCGGCAGAGCUGCGCUACAGCAGUGAACUGAAAGACUCUGAGGACAAGAGCUCUAAUGGUUCCACAAGCACCAAUGCCAAACGCAUGGCAUCCAACCUCCACAUCACCAGCAGUGAAGAGCAAGCAGAAGGGAAGCCCAGCCCCACUGAUCUCCCUAUGGACACCCUGCCCCCACCAGAGGCCGCUAACGAGCCCCCCGCCAUUUCAACCGAGCCUCAGGAGAAGGAGAAAGCCAAAAAGACUAAGAACAACAAGGGGACCAAGUUGGAUGUGCCCCAGGGAAACGCAAUGCCAGAGUCUUUGCCGCCCACAGACGGGCUGGAGAACCCGGGUCCUUUACUCAACAACAAGAGAAACAGCUUCAGGCAGCAGUACACCAAGCUGCCCACCAACCUUCCCAUGCGCAGCGCCGCCUGCUCCAUUCUGUGAGCAGAUGGUUGUAGUGUGAGAUUACAAGACAACUUCAACAUGUGACAAGGGUAUGAUGCUAAAAAUAUCAUUGAAGGGCCAAGAAAAGCAAGCAUUUCAACGUUUUCAAUAUUUAUGGUUACUGACAAUCUGCAGUUUUACUAGCCAAGGGGCUUUGAGAGACAUAGGCGUAUACAACGUUUGUCAACUUAAACUGAAGACCAACACUUCAAUUUUCAACUGUCCCCACUAAAGCCCACUUGUAUUAAGGUAAACUUUGUGCGACAUGUAAGGCUCCAAGUACUUGAUAAUUGAGUGUUAUCUUUGCUUAACAAAAAAAACCCUCUGCACUCAAAGUCACUGAAUUUAAGUAUGUUGUUUCUUAUUUCAUUGAUUCCAUGCAUCAAAGGAUAUGUCUGGUAUAGAAAUAGGGAAAGUAAAUUUUUUUAAGAUCAGUUAUGUCAACACUCUGAAUACUUAUAAUGUAUAGGUUUCACAACAUGGCCUCUUUAGGUUGACUGUUAAAAAAAAGGAAGUACAAUGACACAAACGGCACAUGCACAGAGAAACAGAGAACUUCAAAAUUAUACGACAGCCACGACAAAUAAUUCUGAUACUCUUCUGAUAUGCUAUUUGCUGUAUUAUUGUACAGCUCUACAAGCCAUUCAUGAAGGUACUGCUAUUACUGAUACAUGAAUUCUGUUCAAAUGUAUAAUGACAACAAAUUACAAGAUGUUUUGGAAAAUUAAAGUGAGCCAUUUUGUGACAGGGCUUACACGGUUUUUAACAGAUGCGGGAGUGUCCACUGAAAAACUAAUUCUAUGGAUGCUUCAUUUAAUUCACUGAGAGUAGACAUCUUCAGAGGUUGUAUUUUAUUUUGUUUAAACUUGGAAUAUGGUAAAUUCAAUAGGCAUUUGGCUAGACCUUCACCACAUUGUCUGAAAGAGUUCUGGUUCUACUUACUGUAUGUACCUGACUGCAUUUGUUUCACUGUAUGAUAGCAUUUAUUUAUAUAAAACUGUAUGUACAGCCACUAAAAGGGUUUUUCGUUUUUUGUAAUUAGGUUGACGCUCGUACUAAUUUACUGGUUUUAGUGGUUGGCGGUUUUAACCUAUUGGGAAAAUCUUUUGAAAUUGCAAACCUUAAAAAUCUAAAUUUUGUCAUGUGUUACCAUUGUUGUUUGAUUUACUGAUUAUUUAUAUGAAUUCAUCUAUCGUUUAGUGAAGAAAACAGUUAAAAAAUGCCUAUAACAAUUCCCAAGUAAAAGUACAGGAGCCCACACAGGUCCACAGAGGAUGUGACUGAAUGAUCCUUUUUCAGUGCCAUCAGUAGACACUGCAAUGUCUUUGAAUAGCCACUAGGAGGUGAUGAAAUAACUACAAGUUAAUGAAUAAAUUCAUUAGUUAAUAAACAGGGACUUGGAAAAAUAAGUGAUUUACAUUAUUUUCUGGUUCCCUGAGGAUGUUCUCAUCUAAAAAGACAAGUGCAAUACAAGGGUUUCAUAUCUGAUCAUGCCAUCGGGGGGUGAGCUGAGUGAAUCCCCGUUAGCUGCAGACAGAUCAAAUUAAAUAUCUGGCAUCCCCUCAACCAGCAUCUGUUCUCACCAUCUAUUUUAUAAAGCUGCAAAUGGAAAGACAACACGAGUGCAGAAAGCACCUAAGCUCACCAAAUCCUCCAUCCAAUUCAGACUCCAAAUCUUCAGGCACAAUUCCCUGACCUCAGUGGUUAUGAGGUCAGUUAUUCCCGUCUUAGUCAUCUGGUGAUAACACACUGCCAUUAUGUUAGUGACUGUGUGUGUGUGUGUGUGUGUAAGGUUGGAGGCUAAAGGUCUAUGUGAUCUUUUAAUGAAAGAUAAGUGACUUAAUUGAAGUUCUUCUUAUUUUCUCAUAACCAAAAGAGGCAAGUGUGUAAGAUGUGUACAGCGGUGACCGGUAAGAGCUCAUUUCAAGGCGAGUGUGCUCGUUCACUACGCUCACUUAUACACACAAACACAGCCAAGUAUGCACACUCAUACACACAAAUACAGCUGAGUGCUCCCUGCUGAUGUUUCCUUGUGAGAUGUCAUUACAUGAUAAAGAGGAAGCUAUCAGGAAACCGCUUAAGCACUACUUCCUGUCUGUUGCCACGGAGACAGACCUCAUUCUGCAGUUGCAAAGAUUACCAUGACUUUACUCUGGUUAAUUUCUUGCAGAACGGCUGAGUGGAAAGCAAAACACAGAGGCAGGUGUGUUUCG